AUGUCGGCCCAGAACUCCGCAGGCAUUCAGACCCUUCUCGAUUCUGAGCGCGAGGCUUCUAAGAUUGUGCAAAAGUCCAGAGAAUUCCGCACGAAACGUGUCAAAGAAGCCCGCGAUGAAGCAAAGAAGGAAAUCGCUGAAUACAAGGCAAACAAGGAGGAUGAAUACAAGAAGUUCGAAGCCGAGCAUAGCAAAGGCAAUAAGCAAGCCGAGGACGAAGCGAACAAAGAAGCCGACAAGCAAAUCAAGCAGAUCACCGAGGCUGGAAAAUCGAAGCAGGAUGCUGUUGUCAAGAAGCUGCUGGCCGCCGUCUUUGACGUGAACCCGGUAGCGCCUAGUGCUGCCUAG